AUUUUAGCUCGACAAGCAAUCAAUAACAUUGUGUAAGUGUUCUCUUCAAACCAGCAGACAUGUCUGUGCUGCGGUCCUUCGCCUCAGCCAACAAACAUGUAGUUUCAAAGAGUGUGACUGAAUCUGUGCUCACAGGAGUUUUCCGAGCAGCCAGCGGAGCAGCGGAGGACAGACAGCCACUGAAGAAAGCUAAAACCCCGCAGGGUCGAUUCGACAACACUGAGGAGAAGAGCAAAGAUGUUCUAGAGAAGUUCCCUGAUGAUGUGAACCCUGUAACAAAGGAGAAAGGGGGGCCCCGGGGUCCAGAGCCAACACGCUACGGAGACUGGGAGAGAAAGGGCCGCUGUGUGGACUUCUAGUUGACUACCUAUACAUGUUAAAGCCUUUAUUGUUUUUGCUGUUAACUGGGUGGAAGUGAGAAUGAGGGAAAAGGAUUGUUUUUGUGACAAUAAGAAUUAGAAUAUUCAAUAUUUCAGCCAUUCACUCUUCCCGGCUGUCUCAGGACUCGGCAUCCACCUCCAUCCAAACUGGACUGUAAACCAUUUUUUUGACACCACAUAGGAAUACUGAUUUCAUGUCAUGCUCAAAAACGAAAGAUCAACAAACCACUGAUAUUUUGCACAUUGCUGAUUUUUUUUUUUUUUUUUUUUUUGAAGUGACAGUGAGUCAUGGUUCCGAGAGUUAGUCCUGUACGCUUUGCCACAGAUAUGAAUAUUAAUAUAAACAUAAGAGACUCAGUGUACAAAUUCUGUAUGUUGAUUUAUUUUGAAGAUGUAUUUCAGUUCACUUUACAACUGUAGGAAUUGGUCAGAUAGAUUAUACCUCAAAAGAAAUAGCAUCUGACUUCUUUCCAAAAUAACCAAUAUUUUAUUAUUUUCAUACUAAUAAUUGCAUUCCUUUAGCACUCAACAUUCAAGUGUAAUGUGAUCAAUCUGACAAACACAAGAGUUUGGAGAACACACUCAUAGCACAGUUUUUCAAUGGCUGUCUUUUUUCACAAGUCUUGACAGGAAAUCCAGCACCAUGAGGUUUUCAUUCAUUCCAUAUGGGGUCUGCAGACUGCUGUGGUUUCUACUGAUGUGUGCUUAAGUGGCUCCAAAGGAAACAAAAAAACUUACACCUUUCAGUAGAUUUAUGGUAACUAGUACAAUUUACUAUUAUACUACAUUGUAGUAGCAGUAGCAAUAUUGAUAUUACUGGUAUUAGUUGAAAUAUUUGCUACAUGAUCCAUAAUGUGGUGAUGCAAUUUCAAUAGGUGUCUAAGCACAUUUAAUGAGUCUGCUAGAGGGAAGUAAAGCCACGUAUACCAGCUUCCUCCUGGUAAAAACUGAACUCAACUGUAUGUUGCUGUAUGUUUUGUUGCCUUCAAAUUCCGGCAGCAUUAUUGUCAUCAUGAAUUUUCACCUCGUAACAUAAAAUAAAUGAAAGAGUCUUGUAUGCCUCUAUCUGCUAUGUUUUGGCAUAUGUUAAUUAUUACCAUAGUAUUCUUAAAUUGUAUCCAUCUCACAUUCCACAUUUACUGGAUACUACAUACUUGUUCAAAUUUACUGCA